GACAGCCUAUUAGGUAGUUAGUCUAGAUCGAACGCGUAGUAAACGACUCAUGCAUGGAAAGGAAGAUCCCCUCAAGUUUGCAGGUAUCAGUAAGAAAAUGAUUAUGGAUCUUAUCAGUCAAUCAAAAAAUCUAUAUGCUUUAACUAAAGAACAAAAAGAUCAUAACAAAGAAACAAAAACGGUCGCCUAGCUGAUUUUCCAAUUUAGUUAGGGCAUAAUUUUGAAAACCUCUGUCGAGAGACGAUGGCUGAAGGAGAACUUCUUCCCGGCUUACCGGACGACCUGGCAAUUCAGUGUAUUGCAAGAGUGCCGACAUUCUUCCAUUCCACGCUCACCCAUGUUUCCAAAUCAUGGAAAUCUCUUCUCCAAUCUCCCAUCAUCUUUACUGUAAGGAAGGCCUUCAAUCUGAAGGAGGAACACCUCUUUCUAUGUGUGAGAACCGCGGCCUCGACAUAUCAAUGGUGCAUCUUGCACCGAUAUAAUUCCCAGACUCUUUGCAGCCCUCUGCCCCAAAUGCCCUCGCACCCUAUUGGAGCAGCUUGUGCAGUCUCCGACAACAAGCUCUUUAUUCUGGGUGGCUCUGUCAAUGAAGCUGUAUCAUCCGCAGUAUGGGUAUACGACUGUUAUACCCACAAAUGGAAUCCUGCUCCUCGCAUGAGAGUUCCCAGAGAAUUCAGUGCAGCAGGAACCAUUGAUGGCAAGAUGUAUGUAAUGGGUGGUUGCCAGGUCAAUACCUGGGCAGGUUCCACCUCCUGGGCAGAGGUUUUUGAUCCUUCUACAGGGGUCUGGAGUCCCGUGCCAAGCCCUGCUGAGAUAAGGGAGAGAUGGAUGCAUGGGAAUGCUGUGUUGGAGGGUAAGCUUUUUGCAAUGGCUGAUAGGGGUGGGGUCGUGUAUGAUCCGUUGACUUCUACUUGGAAUUAUGUUUCCACAAGGCUUGACAAUGGGUGGAGGGGCAGGGCUGCUGUGGUUGAUGGGAUUUUGUAUUCAUAUGACUUUUUGGGUAAGAUUAGGGGCUAUGAUCUUGGAAAGGACAGGUGGCUUGAGCUUCAGGGUUUGCAGAAGCAAUUGCCCAAGUUUUUGUCAGGGGCCACUUUGGCCAAUGUAGGUGGGAGGCUGUAUGUCGUGUGGGAGGGGGAAGGUGCAAACAAGCAUACUGAUUUACUUUGUGCUGCUCUGGAUGUGAGGAAGGAGUCAGAUGGGAGUCUGAGGGGCACAAUUCUUUGGUCUCAGGUUAUCUUGAGUAGUCUUCCCAGAGGGACAUCCACCAUUCAAUGCUUGUCUAUGACACUAUGAUCAAUUGGGACUGUUUGGAAAUUUGUUAAUGGUAGUAAUGAAUUUGGAAGGUCUGGAAGUUGCGAUUGUGUUGGGGGAAUGACUAAUGUGCUGGCUUAAUCCCUUCUGAGGCGGGUAGGGUACACAAAUUCCCUCUGCUUGGUUUCGACGGCCCUUACACUUUAAUGCAAGAAUGCACACUGUACCAGCUCCUCAAAUCAGGUGCAUGUAACUGAUUUUACUGAGUUUCAUAUAGAGAAUUCCAUGAAGGUGGAACUGCCGACCUUGUGGAACGCACAGACUUGAUGUUUGGAACCAUUCUCUAAUGUCAUGAACUCUACUGACCAUAAAUUGGCUUUCCUUCCGUGGCAAAAACCUAUCUAUGUAUAUAUUUGUGCAUGCAGAAAUUGGAUUUCCUUGAAUUCAUGAUUAAUGAGGACUAUAAUAAUAGUUUUAGUCCUCCCUUACAUGGUCUUGUAAUUGGCUAUUUCGUUAUCAAUAAUGUUAAACAUCUGAAAUAUUGUCGAGGA